AUGUCACACCAUGUCCGCAACUGUCACUUUUCUCAGCGCUUUUCAGAUCGGACAUGUCACAGUCUACUGCGAUUACAAGUUAAUUAUUUUUAUUCGUUCAAAGUAAAAUAUUAUAUUUUGCUGCCUGUGGCUGUGGUCUCGUGUCUGUCGCCGGGAGGUGACGUCAUCAGCGCUCGCCAGACCCCGCUGUUCUCCACAUGUGUUGUGGUUGUUACAGUAGUGUGUUGUGAUCUGAAGUUGCUGGUUACAGGUUUAUUCUCCGUCAGUAUCAUCAUGUCUUGCCGCAGACCUGAGCACAUGGCUCCUCCAGAGGUGUACUAUAAUGAAGAGGAGGCCAAGAAGUACUCCCAGAACUCCCGGAUAAUGCAGAUCCAGACUCAGAUGUCGGAGCGAGCGGUGGAGCUGCUCAGUCUGCCGGAGGAUCAGGCCUGUUAUCUGCUGGAUGUGGGCUGUGGAUCUGGGAUCAGUGGAGAUCAUUUAUCGGAGGUCGGACACUACUGGGUCGGGGUGGACAUCAGCACAGCCAUGCUGGACGUGGCGCUGCGGCGGGAGGUGGAGGGAGAUCUGGUGCUGGCAGACAUGGGUCAGGGGAUGCCCUUCAGACCGGGCACGUUCGACGGCUGUGUGAGUAUUUCAGCGCUGCAGUGGCUGUGUAACGCGGAUAAGAAAACACACAGUCCCCCGAAGAGACUGUACCGCUUCUUCAGCUCGCUGUACUCCACACUGGUGAGAGGAGCGCGCGCCGUCUUCCAGAUUUACCCUGAGAACUCGGAGCAGCUGGAGCUGAUAACAGCUCAGGCCAUGAAAGCCGGUUUCACAGGCGGUUUGGUCGUGGACUAUCCCAACAGCAGCAAAGCCAAAAAAUUUUUCCUGUGUUUAUUUGCUGGUGUAUCAGGAGUUUUACCCAAGGGUUUAGAGUCAGAGGCGACUGACAGAGGUGUGUCGAGUCAGGCUCAGUUUACAGCACAGAGGUCCCGGUUCAGAAAUAUGAAAGGAAAGUCAGUGAAGAAGAGCAAGGACUGGAUCGUGGAGAAGAAGGAGAGACGGCGCCGGCAGGGGAGGGACGUAAGAGCCGACACCAAAUACACCGGGCGUCACAGGAGACCUCACUUCUGACCUUAACGGCUUCAUAUGGUCCUCUCACACACUCUGACCAAUCAGAGGAAACCAGAACUAUGUGCUUUCAGGAAACAUAUCGCAAUGUGGAGACUCAUCAAUUCAUGGACUCCUUGUCUCAUAAGAUCACUAUGUGGAUUAGAUGUCUGCAUUUACAGAAGCUUUAAUAAACCAGAUUUCAUCUUG